AGUGUGGACGUGUUCGGUUUUCAGUUUCCUUCUUUCCUGCGCGCGCCCGCCUCUAAGGAAGCCUCGACAAACCAACAUUUCCGUUCGUGGGAAGUUCAUGAUUUUUCAGGUAACCUUGACCUCGGAGCUUAAACGCUUCAAUGCCGCGUGCGCUCACGGGCAUCCCCCACGCGCGCUGUGGUGGAAGGUGAAAUUGUAUCUUUGUGUUUUCUGGAUGCUGUAUUCUCACCUGUAGAGAUCUGUUCCUUCCUGUCAGGAUGAAAGCGAUCAACUCAUAAAAGAUUAACCAUUUGUUUGUCUUAUUGAUUAUCACUGAUGCGGUUGAAAGUAUUUAUCUAAAAAGGAAACCUGUAAACGUUAAGAGUCUAAGUGAUAUCUCUAAAGCUGGAAUUUCUGCUCUCUUGUGCAGUGAUGGAGAACCUGAAGGUUCCAUUAGGAACAGAAUGGUGGAACCAGAACUGACAUCUGCUUUCUCACAUGACAGAACCUCCUUCUGCUCAUGAUCUUCCUCCAUAGUAGGGAGAACUUGACAGUCUGAGGAUCUCUGUGAACUCUGCGUUCCUGCAGAACAACCUGUUCUCCGUUUUGGUGUCAUGUUCUGGGCUCAUUACAGCUUCCAGGACUGCAGUGAUGGUGACCUCUGCGUCCUGCUGGACCUUCUCAGCUCUGAUGUUUCUCCUCAGUGUCUCAUGUCUUUGCUAGAAUUCCUCCGUCGUAGCCUCUAGUGGUGACCGGUGGUUCCUGCCGCAUCAGCAGAGCAUUACAGGUGUUCCUGCAGGUGUUCCUUCACCUGGGUCUCUGAUCGUGAUGCGUCGCUCGUCCUCAGAGGUUGCGUGGAGCCGCACGGCGGGCUCUCCUCGCCGAGCCCACGGCGCCCGCAGCUGAGUCCGGACUCCCACAUGGUAAACGUCCCCCCUUCUCCCUCAUCUCCACUGGGGCACAGCGGUCAGGUAUAGCAGAGGAGGGGGUGGAGCUGUUGCUGUCAUAGAAGUCCUCCAUGAGCAGAGUGGAUCUCUUGGAAGCUCCAUGACUCCCAUCACCUCCUAAACUUCAGUCUAAUCAGUUCUCCUCCGUCCUGAUGAACUUCUGUCCAACGUUCCUGUUUCUGCUCCACCAGGAGGUUCAGGGGUAUAAGUGGGUGAAAUGGCGGGUGUGGUUGUGUCGCCUGGCCGCCCUGCUGUCUUUGGGUCUGCUCCUGCUGGUGUUCCACUGGCGUCCGCGGCUCGCCGUCCUGGCCCGCUGCAGCUCCUGCCCUGUGGCUUCAGCAGAUGUUCUACUGAUCAGAGACAGCUGUGGGCAGCAGCACGUGGUGGAGGUGCUCACCGAAGAGGUGGAGGAGGGCAGCUUGGAUUUGUUGGGGAAACUGGACGAGUCUGAAUGCAGAGACACAGUCCAGCUGUACAAAGACGAGAAAACGCUGCUCCGGUUCUACGUGUUCGAGGGGCUGCGUUACAUCUGGCUGGACAGGAAAGGCGCCUUCUGCCGUGUUAGUGUCCUCAAUGAGGACUGGACCUACAGAGACCUGCACCGCCUCCAGAGGGGGCUGGAUCCUCUGGAGCAGAGCUCCAGGAGAAGCAUGUUUGGGAGCAACCUGAUCGACGUACCUGUGAAGUCCUACAUGAAGCUGCUGCUCGAGGAAGUUCUCAACCCGUUCUAUGUGUUCCAAGUGUUCAGCAUCAGCCUCUGGAUGAUCGAUGAAUAUUAUUAUUAUGCCCUUUGUAUACUUUUAAUCUCCAUCGUCUCCAUCGGCGUCUCACUUUAUGAAACUCGAAGGCAAAGCAUCACUCUACGAAACAUGGCCCGGCUGGUGACCAAAGUCACAAUCCGCAGAGGCUCUGGAGUGGAGGAAAGCGUGAGUUCGGAGGAGCUGGUCCCUGGAGACUGCCUCGUCAUCCCUCAGGAAGGCCUGCUGAUGCCCUGCGACGCCGCCCUGCUGGUCGGGGAAUGUCUGGUCAACGAGAGCAUGCUCACAGGUGAAAGUGUCCCGGUGCUGAAAACGCCCCUGCCAUCAGGAGACGUGACCUACAGCGCCGACGGCGACCGCAGACACACCCUCUUCUGCGGUACCCAGCUCAUCCAGGCCAAAGGAGGGGGGCCAGGGGGCAGCGGAGCUGUUGCCGUGGUUACAAACACUGGGUUUUUCACCGCCAAAGGUCACCUGGUCAGCUCCAUCCUGUACCCUCAGCCAAUCGACUUCCGCUUCUAUCGAGAUUCUGCCAAGUUCCUGCUCAUUCUCGGUUUCAUUGCCUCCAUCGGAACCAUUUACAUCUUUGUGGUCCUCUGCAGAACCAGGGUCACCUGGCUGCAGCUGAUCAUUAGAAGUCUGGACGUCGUGACCAUCGCAGUCCCCCCCGCUCUGCCCGCCGCCAUCACCACGGGAACCAUCUACGCCCAGAGCAGGCUGAAGAACCGCGGCAUCUUCUGCAUCAGUCCGCCCCGGAUCAACGUCUGCGGGAAGGUCUCGCUCUUCUGCUUCGACAAGACAGGAACCCUGACAGAAGAAGGUCUGGACGUGUGGGGGGUGAUGGAGGCCGGGCCUGCCGGGUUCUCAGACCUGGUUCCAGACCCCAGACUCCUGGCUCCGGGGCCCCUGCAGUCCGGCCUGGCCUGCUGCCACACGGUGACCCUGCUGGAUGGUCAGGCCAUCGGGGACCCCCUGGAGCUGAAGAUGGUGGAGUCUGUCGGCUGGACUCUGCAGGAGCCGGAGGCGGCGGCUGACGCGCUCAACGCAGAAUUUGGAGGCUGCAGAGUUCUGGCGGUGAUGAGACCUCCACCUCAGCGGCCUCAGGCCUGGGGGGCUAGCGAGCCGGCGGCCAUCGUCCGGAGGUUCCCGUUCUCCUCGGCCCUGCAGAGGAUGAGCGUGGUGACGGUGGGCCGCGGGGGGCGCCCCGCUCUGGCUUUCAUGAAGGGCUCUCCGGAGAUGGUGGCCAGCCUGUGUCGACCCGAAACAGUUCCUGCACAGUUUGCCGGCAGACUCCACGGCUUCUCCAGCGAAGGACUCCGGGUUCUGGCUCUGGCCUGCAAAGCCGUACGCGCCUCCUCUGACGUGCAGAGCGUGGAACGGGCGGAAGUGGAACGAGACAUGCAGUUCUUGGGGUUGAUGAUGAUGAAGAACCUGGUGAAGGCCGAGAGCCCAAAGGUCAUCAACACCCUGAGCCUGGCGCACAUUCGCAGCGUUAUGGUCACCGGAGACAACAUCUUAACCGCCGUCAACGUAGCCAGAAGCUGCGGGAUGGUGGGGGCUGAUGAGAAGGUGGUUUUUGUCACCGCCAACCCCCACAGCACCCAGUCUGCCCCCACCCUGAGGUUCAGUCUGGAAGAGCAGGGAGGCGCCGCCGCCGCUGCAAACCCCCCAGACGGCCUGAGUCAGCAUCUUUAUCAGGGAGGCUCCGCCCAUCACUUCGCCAUCAGCGGCAAAUCCUUUGCUGCCCUCUGCGAUUACUUCCCAGACUACCUUCCAAAGGUUUUGAUGCAAGCCACCGUUUUCGCACGCAUGGCUCCUGACCAGAAAACGCAGCUGGUGACGGAGCUGCAGAAGCUGAACUAUCGCGUGGGCAUGUGUGGAGACGGAGCCAACGACUGCGGAGCUCUGAGAGCUGCAGACGUCGGGGUGUCCCUGUCCGAGGCCGAGGCCUCCGUCGCGUCGCCCUUCACCUCCAAGACCGAGAACAUCAGCUGCGUCCCUCUGCUGAUCAGGGAGGGCCGCUGCUCCCUGGUGACCUCCUUCAGUCUGUUCCGAUACAUGGCGCUGUACAGCCUGAUCCAGUUCUGCUCCGUCCUCCUCCUGAACACGGUGAAGACCAACGUGGGGGAUCUGCAGUUCUUGUUUUGUGACCUGUUCUUGGUGACCCUGCUGGCCAUCGUGAUGGGCAGGGGGGGCCCGAGCGAGGAGCUGCACCCCUCCAGGCCUCCCGCCAGCCUGCUGGCCCUGCCCGUCUUCGGCAGCCUCUUCAUGCACGUCUGCAUGCUCGCUCUGGGGCAGCUGGCGGCGUUCUUCAUCACCACCUCUCAGGACUGGUACGUCCCCCUCAACUCGACCGUGUUCGGGACGGCCAACCUGCCCAACAUGGAGAACACCGGCGUGUUUGUUCUGUCGGGUUUCCAGUACGUCAUGAUGGCUGUGGUGGUCACCAAGGCGUAUCCUCACAAGAAACCCCUCUACCAUAACAAGAUCUUCCUCCUGGUGUUGUUGAUCCACUUCGCCGUGAUGCUGUGGCUGGCGCUGGAGCCCGGACCCGUUUUUGCCGGGCUGCUCCAGCUGUAUGACAUCACCGACAUGAACUUCAAGAUGCUGCUCGUCGCCGUGGCGGCGCUCAACUUCCUGGUGUGCUUCGUUGCAGAGAUGCUGGUGGACCUGGGUGUCUUGAACUGCCUCCGUUCUCUUUGUGGAACUCGUCAGUCCAAGAAACAGUACAAACGCCUGAAGGUCCUUCUGUCCGACCCCUCGUUCUGGCCCCCCCUCAAUCAGACGCUGGGCCCCACGGACCACACAGCCAUCUCCUGCAGCUAG